GCCGGUACCAGGCCGCAGGGCAGGGACGCCCUCCCAGCCGCUCGCAGGGGGACGGCAGCCGGCAGGGGUGGCGAGCGGCUGGCCGAGCGGCUCGAUGGGGCCGGUUUGCGGGCGGGGCGGGGCCGCAGCUCGCUCGUGGCCUCGGAGAUGGAUUCUCGGCCGCUCGCGCAAGCCACCAUCUUAGAGGGCAGGCAAUCUAGUCGGGGAGGGAAGGAAAGCAAAGCGAAUCGAAGCGGGUGGUGCCGUCGGAGGACGCAGCUCUGGGCCCCUUCGCGGCCUCAGAAGGUCUUGAUGUAACUGGCUGAAAAAUGGUUCUGCAAGAUGACAGCAUCAACUUUAACGCUGUUAAAAUGGAGACUAUCUUCACUUUGACGUGAUGUGUGAAGUCUGUUAGCAUUUUUUGUUUGUUUUUUUUUUUUACAGUUAUUGUGGAAGCUACCUCUCCCCCUCCUACCUGCAGCAUGUGACUGGUAGAAGGCUGGAGUGAUUUCCAUUUCUGGUUACAAAUGGUGUGGGUUUUUAUCAUGAAUCGAAUGAGCUCCCAGAGCAGUUCAUCCACUCAACGUAGGCGAAUGGCUCUAGGAAUUGUCAUUCUUCUCCUUGUUGACGUGAUAUGGGUUGCCUCUUCAGAACUCACUUCUUAUGUUUUUACAAAGUACAACAAGCCUUUUUUCAGUACAUUUGCAAAAACAUCCAUGUUUGUUCUAUACCUCUUGGGAUUUAUUGUUUGGAAACCAUGGAGGCAACAGUGUACUCGUGGAUUUCGUGGAAGGCAUGCGGCUUUUUUUGCAGAUGCUGAAGGUUAUUUUGCUGCUUGUACAACAGAUAACACUGUAAACAGUUCUCUGAGUGAACCUUUAUAUGUUCCUGUAAAGUUUCAUGAUUUGCCAACUGAAAAAAAUGGCAGUAAUAAUAGUGAUGCAGAGAAAACUCCCAAAAAGCCUCGUGUAAGGUUCAGUAAUAUUAUGGAGAUUCGACAACUCCCAUCAAGCCAUGCACUGGAAGCAAAGUUGUCUCGCAUGUCAUAUCCAACAGUUAAGGACCAAGAAUCGAUAUUAAAAACUGUAGGAAAACUUACUGCAACUCAAGUAGCAAAAAUCAGCUUUUUCUUUUGUUUUGUGUGGUUCUUGGCAAAUUUCUCUUACCAAGAAGCUCUGUCAGAUACCCAGGUUGCUAUAGUUAAUAUAUUGUCAUCAACCUCUGGGCUUUUCACUUUAAUCUUAGCUGCAGUCUUUCCCAGUAACAGUGGAGAUAGGUUUACCCUUUCCAAAUUAUUAGCUGUCAUUUUAAGCAUUGGUGGUGUGGUACUUGUUAACCUUUCUGGAUCUGAGAAAUCUGCUGGAAAAGAUACAAUAGGUUCCCUUUGGUCUCUUGUAGGAGCAAUGCUGUAUGCUGUGUACAUAGUAAUGAUCAAAAGGAAAGUAGAUAGAGAAGAUAAACUUGACAUACCAAUGUUCUUUGGUUUUGUAGGGCUGUUCAAUCUGUUGCUGCUGUGGCCAGGGUUUUUCCUGCUUCACUAUACUGGGUUUGAAGCAUUUGAGUUUCCCAAUAAGCUGAUAUGGAUGUGCAUUGUUAUUAAUGGCCUUAUUGGAACAGUUCUGUCAGAAUUCCUCUGGCUGUGGGGCUGCUUUCUUACCUCAUCACUGAUAGGCACACUUGCGCUAAGCCUUACAAUACCUCUGUCCAUAAUAGCUGACAUGUGCAUGCAAAAGGUGCAGUUUUCCUGGUUAUUUUUUGCAGGGGCAGUACCUGUAUUUUUUUCUUUUUUCAUUGCAACUCUCUUGUGUCACUACAACAACUGGGAUCCAGUGAUGGUGGGAAUCAGAAGAAUUUUUGCCUUUAUUUGUAGAAAACAUCGAAUUCAGAGAAUGCCAGAAGAAAACGAGCAGUGUGAAAGUCUCAUUCCUAUGCAUAGUGUUUCACAAGAUGGAGACAGUUGCUGUUCAUAGACAAAAGUUUGAAAAUGGAAUGAUGCCCAGCGAAAAGACAAUCUGCUGGAAAAGUCCCUAAGGAAUCAUGUUCCAGUGCCUAUUCUGGAUUUGUAAUAAAAAUAAGAAGUUUCAGUUCUUUUGGAACUCUAAACUUUACCUCUUUCUUGCUUUCACCUGGUAUUAUAAAUGAACAAAUUUACUACAUGCCUAUCACCAUAGAGAGUCAGUCUGUCAGAGCAACCAACCUGCCUUAUCACACAGAGCUCAUGGAGUUACUUGACAAAAUCAAGAAUCAAGAAAACAAAUGCUGUUAAAGUGAUUUCUUUCUUUAGCUCACGAUUUUGUUAAAUGCUGGACAAUGUUAUUUUUAAAAAAUACUUUCAAAUGAUUUAUAUAAAUAAGUUUGCAGGUCAUCAAGUCUUACCAGGCUUUCAGAUGAAAAGCUAAAUAGAGAUGUUACCUGUAGUAAGUACAAAUUAACUUUUUUAUGUUGUAUAAACUAUUUGGAUAUUAAUAGAAGAAAAUAGAGAAAUAAUUUAUUAAGUUCAUUCUAGUAAUUAUUAAGGCAGGAUCUUUGUACGGUCCUGGAACACUACAUAUAUAUUGUAUUAUGCCAUUUUCAGAAGAAUUGUAAUGGCAAUAUGUGCCGAUGUUUAAAAAUAUUUUGCUACCUAACAGUCUGGAAUGUUUAAAAUUUUAGUGAAUGGUAGAUUAUUAGAAAUUAUACUACAUUUGGGUAUACAUUCUCAAAAUCAGUGUUUGUUUUAAAGAGACUGAUUCUGUAACCCAUUCUUAUUCCCAGUUACCUUACAUGGAAAACUAAAUUUGAACAUUUUCAUGUGUAUAGCUGCCAAGUUCUAAGCGAGACCAAAUUAAUUGUGAAAGUUUUUGGUCAAUGGGUUGGCACUACACUAAUUUUCUGAACAAUCUGGAAGAUAUAGGUGUCUGCAUUGAUAUUCCCCCUGCCCCCCCCCCCCCCCCCCGUUGCAUUAAUAAAUUUAUUCUAAACCUGAUAAUUUUCCUUAUAAACUGUUCUUUUCCUUCCACUGCAGUGCUUAUGUCCUGUUUGAUUCUGAAAAGUUAUGAAUAGUUAUAUUCAGGAAUAUUUGAAAUGAGUCAAUGCUACUUUCCUACUUCUGGCCUAUCAGACACAUGUAGAAGUUAAUUUUGGCUUUUGAUGGAUUUAAUUUUUUUUUGUAAUUGAUGGAGGAUGGAUUUUCAGCUUACAGUAUUCUCUUCCAUGUAGCAAGGUUAUUCAUAAUGCAGGUUAUCUCUAAUGUCCUUCCACACAAAUACAGAAGGAUGAUAUAAAACAAAUGUCUUUUCGUAUUCUGACACUUGGAAAUUAUCCUUCCAAAAGAAAUUUUGGUGGUUUGUCGAUACAACUGCCAGACAAGAUGAAAUGCUUGAUUUGGAAGGGCUGAUUAGCAGGAGCUAGAAUUUAAUGUAAAAAUCUGCAAAUAGAGAGGGAAGGAAAAAUGAACCUGGGGACUAUUCUGGUUAAAUAUUGCACCUUUAUCAAAAUUUCCCUUCCAAUUUUUAAUAUUGAAUUACCUUCAAAUUUCAAUGGUCUGAGGUGUCUCUUGAAGAUGAGAUAGUACAUCUUUCUUCGGACACCUGAAAUAGGAAGUAAAAGACACUAACAAACCAAACAAACAAGAAACAACCACAGAAAAUCCCCCCCCCAAUCCCCAAACAAAUAGGAUUUUAUUGCAUUUACAUAGGCGUUUUGAGAAAUGUCACUUUUCAAUUUCCAAAUGCUAUGAGCAAAAGUAUUGAAAAUGCAAUUUAGGGAGUUUCCUUAGUUGUUUGGUUUGGGGAUUUUUUUUUUUUUUUCUUCUAAAUUACGGCAAAUUAGAGAAUGUUAGCUUCAACUUUUUUCUGAGAAGUAAUGUUAAAGCCUACUUGCAAUAAAAAGUUAAUGUCUGUUUUUAAUUAAUGAUAUGUUUCAAUGAAAUCAUACUAAAUAUAUAUUAACUACAACUUAGAAUCAGUCAGGACUUGUGGCAUCAGCAAACUAAGCCUGGGAAAACAGUUUGCUUUUGGAUGGGCAGUUACAGUAUUUUUAGUGGAAUAUUCUAGUACUAUUUUUUGAAACUGGUCAUACUGAUAGAAUUGGAGCAGUGUAUAAUGGACAGUUGCUGCUCAUAUUUGUCAUUAGGUUCAUGGCUUAAAGAUCAUCACAGUCUGCCAUGUAUAUGAGUUCUGUUAACUUCCACUGUUCAUUAGUUGAGAGGUAAUAAGUAGUGUAAGUACUAAGAAAAUACUUGUCUGUUUCUGAGCCCAGGUAGGUUGAAGAAUGUUGAGUAAACUCAAAGUUAGGGCCUUUCCGCUAUUUUUGUUGUUAACAAAAAUGUGGUGUGUUUUUUGUUUGUUUGUUGUUUUUUUAUUACUAUUUUUAUCUAGGGUAUUAAAUAUUUUAAUCAUGGAAUCAUGUCACGAGGUAGCUUGAGCUUUUGAAUUAAAUUGCAGUUCUUUAAAGAGUAAGAAACAAAGGAAACUAUCCUUCCAGAAAGGAUUUUUAAACAGUGGUGCCCCUGUAGUUACAAGAAAUGUGUUAGGGUUUUAAUUACAGAAGCUAUGACAUGUAACAUUUAUUCCUGCAUUUAAUAGAAUGUGCUGAGUUUUUUUUCUAUAAAAUCUUGUGACUUUUAUUACAAGAAUAUUUUAGAAAUAUAAUGUCUAAUUUGAAAUGUAAAUUGUGUAGCUCUCUAAUGGGUGCUUGGUAAAUGCACAAGAGAUUUAGCUUUGAUUCUCAGGUACCUCUGACAUAAUGGAGACAUGCUGGGUUUUUCUUUCUCAUGACACAACUGGAAUGUGAAGGAGCUCUCUUAUAAAUGCUUUAUCUCUGUGUGCUAGCAUAAAUUAUCACUGCUCUUACUGUUUCAAUUUGGCAGUGUCUUUAUUCUGAUUUAUUUCUUGUAGGAAGCACAUACAGUUUAAAAAAAAGUAACGAAUUUUUAUCUCCAGCAUUUCUUGGAAUGUCAUUAGAUGCUUAAGGAACAGUGAUUUCCCAUGCCUACAAAAUGGAAAAUGAAUACUACAUGUGUUGCUCUGUCAAACAGUUGAACUAAUUCCUGUAAUCUUACGAGACAACCAACAAUUUCUUCUGUGUGUGUGAUUGAGGUUUUAGAACUGUUUGGGUUUUAUAUAUGGAGGAAAUGAUGAUAAUUUGCCAAAUGCCACGUAGCAUACCUUUGCUUUUAGGGUUCUGGUGAGUCUUGUAUAGUUACAUACACUGUGUACUGCACUCCAGAACAAAGGGGAAAAAGGAUUUCAUUUUUUCUGGGCAUUUUCUGUCAGGUUUCAGUCAUGCUGAAAUUGUGUUCACUACAAGGUGCUGCUGUAGGUGUAAUACUAAUUCAGGAAAGAACUGAAAUACACGUUAUAUAUCAGUACUUGACAAUCACUUAAAAUAUGUGGCCCAUGAAUGCCACUGAAGACACUGAGGGCCUUAUGUUUCUGUUGCCCAGUGUGCAUUGCAUCAUGCUUGUUGGCUUUUUGCUUGUGGAAAUCUAUGUAAGGUGGGGGCUGUAGUAUGUGGGUGAUUUGGCUGCUUUUGGAGCUGAGCUGAAGCAGACUGCACACUGAAACUCGGAAGCAGUGAGGCGAAGGCUAAGGCACUGCCUGGUUAUCUCACUGUGGUGUUGCUAAUGUAUUUUGUGGAAAUAUGAUGUUAAGCAGGGGUAUUCUUAGAAGGAUAAACCAUGGUGCUGCAUGUGAUACUUGAUCUGGUAUGAUGGUAUAUGCAUUACAUACCUCCUUGUAAUGAACUAACAAAGAUAGGAGAGCCUGCAAAGUACUUUUCUUGGUGUGUGCUGUUUUAAUUGUCAUUCCCUUUCACAAUACCCAUUAUGCCUAGGUACUGCUAUUCACAACUGCGAUUGCUUUAAAUAAGGUUGUAAAAUGACUUCUUUGUAAUUCUUGGUUCCAUCUCUCUUUGUGUUGAAUGUCGUCAUUCCUAUUCCCUAUUAAAAAAUCAUCCUAUUUUAGGGAAAUUAGCAAAACCUCCUAUUUUAGGGAAUGAACUAAGCCCCCUAGAGGAGGGGAAAAAGCAGUUAAACUUCAGACAUGGGGUGUGUUUAUGAACACACUUUUAAAUUUCAUAUGAAAAUGGGCCUCACUCAGUAAGGCAGAGUAUGUUUCUGUGAUUCUAAAUGAAGCUAAGAAGUGGCAUACUCAUCAAGAAACAAAACCUAGUAUUAGUAUCACAAUGCUCAGUUAUGUGGCAAAGUGUAGAAUGGUACUUUUAAUCAAUUUUCUUUAUUCCGGAUAAGUUUUGAGUUAGUUACCAUUUCUGUUAUGGUUGUCAUAUGUAGAGCAUGCAAUUUAAUAGUAGUAUUUAAGUGUUGGUUCACAAACAGUUGUUGUGCAUGUUUGGUUGGUUUUGGUUUGGUGGUGGUUUUGUUUUGUUUUUUUUAAUUCUUAUUAUUUUUGUCAUUUUUCUAUAAAAUUCAGGAUUGCAUUAAUGCUGUAUUUUGUUUUACAUGAUCAUUGCAGGGCAUGAUUUCUCAGGGAGAUAUGUAUGAUGCCAUGUGUUGUGAGAGCUGAUAACUAACUCCUGCUUAUAACAUUGUUACAAACAUUUUCACGUUUCACUCAAA